ACCACCUAAGUUUAUUUUAACACUCCUUAAUCAUAACCCAAAUCACAUUUUAAAAACUAACCCAAAAAACACCCAAAUUCCAAAACAAAACCAUCUCUAUUUUAAUUUGUUUCAUUUCGAUCCUUCUCUAUAAACUUCAAAAAACCAACCUUCACCCACCAUUAAUCAACCCCUCUUCCCUCUUUCUCUCUGUUCUUUUUCUCUCUUCUUUCUCUCUCUUACCCAAAAACACUCAAAAAAAUCUUUUUAUUUUUGGGUUUUCCUUGAAAAAAACAAAAAAAUUAAAAAAUGGUGUCUCCUGAAAGAAGUAAAUCAAUGGUGGGGGAAGCAUCAUCAGCAAUAUCAAGUCCAAGAAUCUCAUUUUCAGCAGAUUUUCUUGAUGAUGACAGUUUCAUUUCAAUAAGCCCAUCUUCAUCCAUUGAUAAAGAUCAUGAGAUAAACCAACUUGAAAGAGAAAUGGUUAAAAAUGGUGCAGAUUUUGAGUUUUUAUCAAGUAAAAACAGUUUAGAUGCAGGUCAUUCAACAAUGUUAACAGCAGAUGAACUUUUUUUUGAAGGUAAACUUUUACCUUACUGGCAAAUCAACCAUGCAGCUGAAAAACUUUCCAAACUAAACCUUAAAUCUCAUCAACAAACUGAAGAUAAACUUACCCAAAAUGGAAAUGAUGGGAAACGUAAGGUUGAGGUUUCUAAAAAUGGAAAUAACGGAAGUGCGAUAUUAUUAGGAAGAGAAGUUCAAGAACCAAGGAUAUGGUUUGUUGAUGAUGAUCCAUCACCAAGACCACCCAAAUGUACAGUUUUAUGGAAAGAGUUAUUGAGGUUAAAGAAACAAAGAUCUUCUACUUUGUCGCCGUCCUCGUCUUCUUCAUCUUCAUCUUCAUCUUCAAGUUCUUUAGGAGAUGCUGCUGCAAUGGAGGAAAAGGAGAAGGAGAAGGAAAAGGAAAAAGGAAUGAGUACAAGAGAAAAACAUAUUAGGAGACUUAAAAAGGGAUUAGAGAGAACUAAAUCAGCUAAUAUUAGGAUUAGGCCUAUGUUUAAUGUUCCCAUUUGUACUCAAACCGGAAAGUCUAGUUCCCUGCCUCCUCUCUUUCCCCUUAGGCAAAAUAAGGUUGAUAGGUAAAAUGGAGUACCGGUGUUUGGCAAAUAGCUUAUCGGGUAAUUUUAGCUUGUUUUGAGGCAAAUGGAAGGUUGGGUAGUCAAACUUUUGUUAAUUAGCUGAUUGAAAUAGCUUAUUGUUAUGAAUAAGUUGCUUAUGAAUAAGUUGCUUAUGGUAGCGGGUUUAAAAUCAGCUAGUCAAACUAGUUGUAAUCAGCUAUCAACUACCAGAUGUUCAUAGUAGCGAAUUUAAAAUCAGCUAGUUAAACCAAUCAACAAUAUUAGUUGGUCAAAUCAGUUACCGUAAUCAGCUAUCAACUAUAAUCAGCUGUCAACUACCGGCUAUCAAUCGUUUGCUAAACGGCAUUAUAUUUUUUUUAUUGGGAUAAAGCUAGAAAAUCUCGAGAAUCCUGGCAAGGGGGACGGAAAAUAAAUUCUUAUGUAGAUGGUGGUGGGAAUGGAAACACUAGUCUAAAUCCAUUUUUUUUCUUAUUUUUAAUUAUUUUUAAUUUUUUUUGUUUUUAUUAUUUUUUGGGGUUUAGUUUUGGAUGAGUUGUGAAUCUGUAGGAUUCUUGAUGAUCAUGUUCAUGAACUGUCUUACUGUUUUUUUUUUUUUUUUUUUUCUGACCCCUCUUUUCCCUCUAGUUCAGUUCUACCCCAUUUUCUUUUAUUUGGAGGUAUAUUAUUUUUUUUCCCUAUUUUAUUGAUGUUUUUCAGGAAAUUUGGUUUUAGUGGAUCUGAAUCAGUGUAUCACUACCAUGUACAUGACUGACAUUGUCUAUGUGUUGGAUAGUAUUCACAAUUAAUGUUUGUAUUCAUUACUAAUGUCAUCCUUUUUACUGCAAUUGCAUUUGAUGAGCUUGACCAUAAGUCUAAAUCAAAAAUAAAAUCAGGGUUUUGUUUGAAUGCUCGCUUCGUUUCUUUAAAUUUGUUACAUGUAAU